AUGCCGGCGAAUCGAUGUACAUGUCCGCAGCAGCCUAUUAUGAGAACCGAGGCAAUUGCGUUGCCUCAUCUGCCCGAUGAGAUCAUCGCCAAAAUUAUCGACAAUGUCACCCCCACUGAGAUUGUCGCCCUUGGUUGGGAUCGAGUGAGCCGCGCAUUCUCAGCGCUCGUUCAUCGCUCCAUAUGCUCGAAACAAUAUUUUUGCGUCGCCCACGAUCUUAUUUGGAAGCUUUAUCUUGCGUCGGUCAGCAGUUUUGACAAUUGCCGCGAAAAAUUCGACAAGCUUUUGGUAUUGCUUAUCAAAAAGUAUCUUUGCGAAGUGAACGAUCUCACAAUUCCGGUGACACUCUUCUCGCACAUUCAACGAAUUCUCGUCAAACAUCCGUGGUUGGCGGCGACGAGCGGCACCGCGUGCCAAUUCCGCCAUCCGCAGCCGGGUGUCGCGUUCACGCAUCUCACGCGGCUCACAAUUCAGAUUGGCUCCGAUUUCGGUUCGCUCACACUAUCCCACAAUUUCGAGAAUCUCAAAACGUCGUCAUCGUUGUGUAAGACGCUAAGCGAGAUCAAUCUUGAUCUAAUCCUUUCGGAUCGCGAGGAUGUCACAUGUUCGGGCUUCCGUGAGCUUCUCCUAUUCCUAAAGGAGAUCGCCUGCGAUUCUACAAUGUGGAAUGUCAGACUUUCCGACGACACCAACUGUGGGCAAGGUUGGAGGGACCCAUCGAAAUUGAGCACGUAUCGCAAUAAGCUUUUCAUUUGCUAUAUAAGAGCAAUGCUGGAGCUUAACAUGCGAAUCAAUCAGCUGGUUUUGAUUGAUCGUCGAAAAGUUUCGCCGUAUAUGCUCAUGUCAUCAACAAGACGGACCAUUUACAUGUUCCCGGAGUUUAAGAAAUGCCACCAAUUGUGCGUUUGCUACGAUAUUGGCCUGAUUGCGCCGACGUUUUCGCAUGAAAACGAUCGAUUCGAGGAUUUGGUCGUUUUUGAAGUCGAUGAAUCGCAUGUUCUGUACAAGGCCGAUCUUUUGGAGUACCUUAAAACCGCGACAAAAUUGGAGUCGCUGAGAGUUGUGGUCCCUUCGACGUGGUCCUCGAGGGUCUCGCGGUGUACCAAAGGAUGUUUCCAGAAUCCGGAUUAUUCAUGUUUCAAGCUUGAUGGAUGGUGCAAUGUGUUUGCAAAGCUCCCGAAGGCUCAUUUCGAGAUUGUUGAGAAUGAAGCGCCAGUCGCCUGUAUAUAA